AAUGUUAUUAUAUUAAAAAAGGUCAUGGUAAGUAAGUACUUAUAUUUAUUUUAUUUCUAUAUCUUAUAAAUGUAACUUGUAUUUUAGCGCAUAAAAUAUGGAUAAAGAACAAGUAUGUGGUAAUUGCAACAAAUCAUUUUAUGAUAUUUCAAACUUACGAAGGCAUAUAAAAAAUUUUCAUGAAAAUGAUGCCUUAUUAUUACCUUCGUAUAAGUAUAAAAACGAAAAUGAUUAUGCUUACACCUGCAAUUGUGGCAAAAAUUUCUCAAGGAAAAACCUGUUUACUUAUCACUUAAAAAGUCAUUCAAAAGAUGGUGAAUCUUCUAACAUAAAUGUACAGGGGCAAAAAUUUCCAAUAUGUAAUUUUACUUGCAUUUCUGAAGAUCUUCAUAAACAUUUUACAAGUUGUCAUGAUAUACUUAUUAAGCAGGAGCUUUUAACAUUUGAAACUUUCGAAGAUUUUGAGAGUUUUAAAAACAACUUUGAAAAUGAGACUGGGUCUAGGUUUAUAAUACUCCAAAGUAAAACAUUAUCAUCAGGCAAAUAUGUAAAGUAUGCUUGUAACAGGUCUGGUGACUACAAUCCAUCACUUCAAAAUCGUAAACGUCAUUUGAAGACCCAAGGUACCAAUAAAAUCAAUGGGACCUGCCCUGCAGGGAUUACCCUUUCAGGAGGUGAUGAUAUAAAAUGGACCUGUAAAAUUAUAAAAAAUCAUGUAGGGCAUAACAAAGAUCUGGGCCAUUUAAAUUUAAGCUCCUUGGAAAGGAAAAUAUGUGCGGAAAAAAUUGCUUCAAAAGUACACUUUCAAGUGAUUCUGAAUGAUAUCAGAGACUCUGUGUCUGACUCAAAAUUGCAAAGAUUGCAUCUGUUAACUCGAAAAGACCUUUUUAACAUUGAAAAGUCGUACAAUUUAUGUUCAGAAGUCAUAAGGCAUAACAAUGAUGCAACAAGUGUCCAGGCAUGGAUCAAUGAGAUAAAAGAAGAAGGAAACAUGUGUAUAUUAUUUUACAAAUUCCAAGACACUGUUAUUGAAGAGCACCCUGAAUUAAAAUAAGAUGACUUUGUCCUUAUAAUGAAUCAGGCUCAAUGUGAAAUAUUACAAAAGUUUGGUUCAGAUUGUGUAUGUUUGGAUAGCACACAUGGCAUGAACAUGUAUGACUUCCAGCUAACAAAUUUAAUGAUAAUUGACGAUAUGCGCCAAGGGUUUCCUUGUGCCUUUCUACUUUCAAAUAGAGUGGACAAAGAAAUUCUAAAACUAUUUUUUUCUUAUGUAAGAAACCAUUCUGAUGUCAUAGCUCCUCGGGUUUUUAUGACCGAUAUUGCUGAGUCGUUUUACGAUGCUUGGAUUGAAGUAGUGCAUAAGCCAGUUAUGAGGUAAUAUUCAAAUUUUGUUUUUAUUGUAUUACCUACAUAGAGUUUAUAUUUUACAGACUCUAUUGUUCCUGGCAUAUCGAUCAAGCUUGGAGAAAAAACGUUCCAAAGAUCAGAAAUAAAGAAAAACAGAUUGAGGUCUAUAAAUUAUUAAGAAUUGUUAUGGAAGAGAGAGACAUUACAGAUUUUAGUAAAAUUAGAGAUAAGUUUUGUGAAAAAAUAUUGGAAGAUCCAGAUACCCAAGAAUUUGGAGAGUAUUUUACAAGAUAUUAUACCAAGAAUUGUGAAUCAUAUUUUUCAAAUUGCUUUAGAUUAAAUUCAGGAUUAAACACUAAUAUGCACCUAGAACGGAUGCACGGCACAUUAAAACAUAUAUACCUUGGUGGAAAAUGAGUCAAAAGACUAGAUAAGGCAAUAUAUGCCAUAAUGAAGUUUAUGAAAGACAGAUUAUUUGACAGAAUAAUUAUUUUAAACAAAGGUUGUGCACUCAUAAAUAUUCCUGUUCUUGUGUCGAUUCUUCCAUAAAAUGGAUCAUAUGUAAACAUAUUCACCUUCUUGGAAGAAAACUUAUUGAUGACAUGCAAAAGAAUAAAAUAUCUGGUUUGGUACCAGAUAUUGCAUCUGAGGAUCUAAUUCAAGAAGAAAAUUCUUUAGUAAUAGCAUCUGAAGACGAAGCAAAAGUAGAAACGGAUAUUUUAGCUACCUAUGUUACCAGUAGUAAUAAGAAUAAUAGUGAAAAUGCCAAUAUUACUAAGGAACUUGAAAAAGUCAAGCAAGAGAUUCUUAAUUCACUUUUAAAUGUAAAAACAAUGGCUCAGCUUGAAGUGGUGAAAAAAUGUAUUAGACCAAUAAAACCAAAACUAAAAGCCCUAGAAGAUUGUUCAUCUCGAUCCCAAAUCAAUAGUAAACGCCAACCUUUAGUUGCAGCGAAUAAAAAUAUAUUGCCUCAACGGCGAUUUUAUGCUACAAAAAAAACAAAGCAAUCCAAAAAAGCUUCCGUUAAAAGACCCACUCAUUUUAAAUCACAAAACAUGACCUUAUCACUCAUAGGUAAUGUGAAUUUUGUAAACCAUUUGUAAAUCAUUUUUACUACAAAAUAAAAGAAAAUACAUUUUUUUGUU